UCAUUAAUUCGACUAAGCUCCGAACUUAGUAUUCAUCAGCUGGAGUGACGUCAGCUCAUAGAGACUAGCAUAGACUUUGGUGAACUUAUAAAGAAUUUAAGAGAACGACAUUCGUAUAAACAAAAGUGGGGAACAGUGCAUGCAUUCGGGCAUGUUCAAUUAAAAUGAUUCCACGCCGAAUUUCUAACGCUUGGUGUUUUGAUAACACAGAGUCAUUGUCGCCAGUGCAGUGAAAAAGUUAGUGAUCGCAGCUUCAAAGUUCCUAAAAUGAGUCCCACGAGCGAAGUGACCAUCCGUCUUGCUACUCCCGCCGAUAUGGAGGACAUUCUGCACGGAUUUCGCACGUACUAUACCGCACAUGAGCCCCUUUCCGGGGCCCAUAAAAUCAAAAAAAUGACCCCUGUCGAAGAGGAGUACUACAUGUUAGUUGCCAGAAAAAGCUUGAGUUUGGUGGCGACAAAUCCAGACCAAGGUGGUAAGCUCGUUGGAUUCCUAACCUGCCACAUCUACACCCCCAGGUUCGACCAGGAAGUCGCUGAUUUACUCGCAAAGUAUCCACCUGACGAACGAUUCAUAACCAUAGAAAGUAUUUUCCAGAAAAUGGACCGAGAAACUAAUUUACUGGAAGUGUACAAAGUGGACAAAGUGUUUGCUCUUUUUUCGCUUGGGGUUGAUCCAAGUAUGCGGGGAAAAUCCAUUGGUUUUAGGCUGGUGGAAAAGGCUUUAUCCAUGGCUCAGUCACUUGGUUGCAAGAUUGCUUCAGUAGAUUGUACCAGUUACUAUUCCGCUCAGAUCGCCCAGCGAUUAGGAAUGAAAUGCAUUCAUGAAAUUGCAUAUGCAGACUUCGUUGAUGAGAAUGGGGAGCAAAUAUUUAAACCUUUGCCGAUACAUACUCAUCUUAAACGAUUCGUGAAAGUUUUUUGAAGGAAGCCCCUCUUCUUCAUUUUAUUACAAUUUAUUGAAGCAACUAAAAUGGCAGGAACACAGAGGGAUUAGGAUAUUUGUUAUCUAAUUGUUAUGAUGUCGUGAAUUAAACUGA